AGGGGGCUUGGGAUGACGGCACGGCUCGGUGUGUGAGGGAGGGAGGUGGAGUAGUGCUCGGAAGACGAGGUUGAUGAUCGCGCAUCUUCUGCGCUGUAACCUUGCGCUUCGGAUAGGAGCACCGAUGGAUUAACCGUUAGGGGCCUGCGGUGGAGCAGGUGCGGGAGUCCUUGUUGCUGGGCUGUGGACCUUGAAGUCUCGGCGGAUAAUACGGUGCGAUGUAAUGGUCACUGGCGCUCUACACGGUGGGUGAACAAAGGGGAAGAAGCAGCGAUCCCCCGCGUCCCAGCUCCGCGCCCCGACACAUGUAAGCCUCGAUUCGUGCCAGUGUCCCCCCAGCCGAGCUUUGUGCCCGGGAGCGGCGGCCCCUCAGCUGUGCUGGCACAGGGUGGCGUGGUGUCAUCUACAGAACGUUAUCUGCCUACUGUGAAGAGCACAGGUGAAAUCAGUGUGUGCUGCUGCUUGUUGAUGGUCUCCCCCUGAUCACACCAGCUCUAUCCCCCCAUCCGAGGCCUGGUGCACCGUCUGUCCUCAUGCCUUUGGGCACUCCUGCCGCUGGAAAGCCCUCCCACAGCUGCUGCUGCUGCAGAACCUCUUUCCGGGCUUGUUAGCUUUUACUUUCAUCACUAUCGAUUAUUGAAAGGGCCACCAGAGCCGCCACCUAGAGCCUGUGCGCAGGGCGAUGAGGCUGGGAAGUUUCUGAUCUGUAGUCCGAGCUGGAUCCUGGCACAGAACUCUGCCCAUUGUUCACGGAUCAGAGCCGGCAUCUCCUUCUCCAUGGAGGUCUAAUAUUGGUACCUUGAAAAUCCCACAAUCGUUUUGUCAGCGUGCAGCAAUUAUGAAGUCUCUAGAUGAACCUCCUUUCCUUUCGGUUGGCACAGAUGUCAGUGCUAAAUACAGAGGUGCAUUCUGUGAAGCCAAAAUAAAGGCAACAAAAAGGCUUGUGAAAGUUAAGGUAACAUUUCGAAGGGAUGCCACAAUUGCAGAGGUUCAGGAUGAUCAUGUUAAAGGUCCACUGAAGAUUGGAGCUGUGGUAGAAAUCAAAAGUCCAGAUGGAACUUAUCAGGAAGCUGUUAUCAAUAAGUUAACUGACGCAAGCUGGUAUACAGUCGUGUUUGAUGAUGGUGAUGAAAAAACUUUAAGAAGAUCCUCACUUUGCUUAAAGGGAGAGAGACAUUUUGCAGAGAGUGAAACACUAGACCAACUUCCACUGACCAAUCCAGAACAUUUUGGAACUCCUGUAAUAGGAAAGAAAACAAAUCGGGGAAGGAGAUCUAAUCACAUUCCAGAGGACGAGUCAUCCACAUCAUCGAGCGAUGAAGAUGAGGAAGAGGACAAACCUGGAGAUGAGUUACUAGGGAAGGUUGUCUGUGUUUCCUUAAAUUUUGGGGACAAAAAGAAAGUCACCUGGGUUCCAGUGCUGGUAGUAUCACCAGACUGUAGUGAUGAUGUGGCAGUUAAGAAGGACUUUAUUCUCGUGCGCUCCUUUAAGGAUGGUAAAUUCUUUUCUGUCAUGAAGACUGAUAUUCGAGACAUUGGUGAUGUUUCCUUUAAAAAUGACUGUAUAUUAAAGCCAGCUCUAGACUAUGCCAAGGAAUUUCUAAGAAAUAAAACUAUACCCCAUAAUUGGAAAGCUGAGAUAAAAGAAGAAAGCUCAGGUAGCGAGACAGAAGAUGAGGAGACCAAAGAUGAUCCAGAUGACAGCAGUAGUGACGAUGAGGAUGAAGUGGAACCAUUUCCUGAUGAAAAUGAUAAUUUUUUACAACAACUUUACAAGUUUAUGGAAGACAGAGGAACACCUAUUAACAAGAGACCUGUGUUGGGGUACCGAAACUUGAAUCUUUUUAAAUUGUUCCGCCUUGUACAUAAACUUGGAGGAUUUAGUAAUAUUGAAAGUGGAGCAGUUUGGAAACAGGUUUUUCAAGACCUUGGGAUUCCUGUUCUAAAUACAGCUGCUGGCUAUAAUGUUAAAUGUGCUUACAAAAAAUACCUCUAUGGUUUUGAAGAGUACUGUACUUCCACUAAUAUUUUUUUCCACAUGGAUCUGCCAAGAAAAGUAGCAAAAUCAAAUAAAGACACUGUCAUUGAAAGCAAGAUUCCCCUGAAACAGGAUGCCGAAAGUGUGGUAAAUCUCAAAAAAGAGCCUGAUGAAAAGAAUGAUGUUUGUAAUAAUACUGAUAAAGUGCCAUCAGAAGAAAAGGAAAUUGUUAAAAACAUAGAUGAUCCAUGUUACAAAGAAAUAGAUGAAAAGGGAAAAGAUGAGUUAUCUGCAGAUGAACAAAUCAGUAUACCAGAAGGUGAAAUGCAUCAAAAUAAAGAGAUGGACUACAGUGCUAAGAAAAUAGAAGAAACUGCUUUGCUUGAAAAGAAGGAUGAAAUAAAGGAGAGUAAUAUUGAGAUCAAAGUAGAAGAUAAUGACAAGAAAGAAGGGCUUGACAUUUAUUCAGCUGACCUCAAAGGACACAUGCGAUAUGAAGAAAUUUUAAAAGCUGAUAAGACCAUCAGACCUGCAGAUAAAAGUGUACAAAAAAUUAAACAUAGGAGAAGAAUUAAGAGUAAGAUGGAAACAGAUCACAGCAAAUCCAAGUCAGAAAAAGAUGAAAAUUGUCCUAAACAAUGCAGACUGUUUUCAAGACCAUUAUUCCAACCAUGUGACCUGGACAACGAGUCACCUUUUGAUUCUUCAGAAAGUAAAAAUUCUGGCUCAGGUCCUUUGAAGCCAUUAGAAAUUACUUCUAUUUUGAAUGGUCUUCAAGCUACUGAAAAUUCUGCAGAUGACAGUGAAACUGAUCAAAAACCAAGCAUUACUAAGAGCGACAUGACUACACAAACACAAGGCAAGUGUAUUACACGGAUUGAAGAAAACUAUUUUAGAGUUAAUAAAAAUAAUGAUUCAAAACACUCCACUGUGAAAGAAGACAAAGAAUCUUCAGAUGAGACAGACUCAGAAUUGGAGACUCCAAGACGGAAGAAGUUCUUAAAAGACUUUGUAGAUAAGGUAACAAAAUCACAAUCUAAAUGUGGCAAGAAAAAAUUAAUAGCUUGUGGCAAAUCGUUAACUUCUAACUUAAAGGAUGAAAGUAACAAAUCCAAAGAUUCAAGUGAUCAGUUUGAAGUUGACAUUGUAACUUCUUCCUCUGAUGAAGAAACACCCAAACCAAAGGGUUCGCUUGUUAAAAAAAGUUGUAGUUUGGAUGACAAAAAGAAAACUUUGCGAUCACCGAGCUUCUACACAAACCUAUCAGAUAUGCAGGAUAAAAGAACAAAAUUAUUAAACUAUUCUGAGGAAAGGCUUAGGGCUAAAGAACGCAAAGAUGUUUGGUCAAGCAUUCAGGGACAGUGGCCUAAAAAAACUUUGAAAGAACUUUUCUCAGACUCUGAUACUGAAGGAGCAACAUCUCCUCCUCAUGGGAACCAAGAUGAUGCUUCUCUUAAUUCAGUUGUUCAACCAGUCAAAGAUGAAAGUAGAGAUUUAUCUGCAGAAUUUCUGAAACCUAUAACUGAUGCCAUUGAGUUGAAACCAGCGGAUGAAAAAUCAGUUGAGUUUGGUGAUAAAAAAGUCAACUUUCCCAGUAGUGGUAGUAAUUCAGUGCUAAAUACACCCCCUACAACACCAGAGUCCACCUCAUCUUCAAGUGAGUACCGAAGAACACAAUCAACAAUUGAAAGCUUAGAAAAUGUGGAAACAAACCAGGAGGAAAUUGAAAGCAUGAAGAGUGACACAAAUAGCACAAUUGAAGUGGACAGUGUUUCUUGUGAACUACAAGAUCUCCAGUCUGAAGAAAAUCUUUCACCAACAGGAUUUGAUGCCAGCAUCAGUUCUAAUAGUAGUAACCAUUUGGAAAAUGAGAGCAAAGAGAAGGGCCAAAAAAGACUUGCAGAAGACAGUGGUGACCAUAUGGAAAAUUGCACAGUAAAAAAGCUAAAAAGAAACUACAAGUCUGUGACUCAUAAGAGGAAAAUUACUAACACCAGUGAUAGUGAAGAUCUUUCCGGUGGUGAAAGUCUUUUAAAUCUUCAGUCUUCAAAGUCUUUUUCUGGACUAACAUCAAAGCAUGCUAAGAUGUCAUCUGGAUUGUCUACACCUGGAAAAUAUGUGAAAAUCAAAGAGAGGGAAUCUUUUCAGAAGGAAUAUAAUGACCGUUUACCUAAAGUGUAUAAGUGGAGUUUCCAGUUAUCUGACCUGGAAAACAUGACAUCCAUAGAACGCAUUUCAUUUCUUCAGGAAAAGCUUCAAGAACUUCGGAAACACUAUCUGUUAUUAAAGUCUGAAGUUGCUUCGAUUGAUAGAAGAAGAAAGCACUCAAAGAAGAAAGAACGGGAAAGUGCCGUUCUGUCCACAAUGUCAUCAUCACCUUCCUCAAGUUCAAUUACUGCUGCUGUAAUGUUGACCUUAGCAGACCCAUCCCUAUCAACAUCCACACAGAAUGCAAUGGCUGUUGAGUGCAGGUGACAGAGGGACUUUUCCAUGCACUUUGCACUUAAUACUGCUCAACUUAUUGAGGCCAUGGACUUAUUUUUAUACUGCACAGCAACACAAGUACAGACAGGAACUAUUUUCUAUUGCAUUUUUGAUGUGUUGUCCAUGCACUUAAGUGCACUUUUUAUGACGUAGAAGUAAACUGAUUUUCUUCAAGCAAUAAUUGUUUCCAACUAGUCUGGAAGUUAUCCGCUAUGGGAGGAGGCGGCUAUUGUUGUAUGUCAUAUGAAGGUUAUGCAGUAAAUAUAUUAAGGGUCCUUUACAAAGUGCUGUGCAGAUUGUAACACGGUAGUUGUAAUUGAGCUUACUUGAUGCCAUUCUGUUUGUUGUCAUGUAAAAGGCAACUUACACUGCAGAGCUGCACUCACAUACUGAACUAGGAUGUGUGAUGUGUCUGUGAAGGUUCUCAUUUAUCCAGGUCAUGGUACAUCUGUAAAGAAUAAAUCAAGGCAACUGGAUGUACUGUAGAUUUCUUGAAAACAUUUCACUCGUUCUUCCAACGAGCUUUCUCA